UUCCAGCUCUCCACGCUCCUGCAGCGCCUAGCCGGCUCUCCAACGCAGUCUGCUGAACGCAAACCACUGAGAGUUUGCUGUGCAGCCCCUAGGGGCCCGGGGCCGCCCGAGUCCCGCUAAGGCAGAGACGCCGGCAGAGCCAGCGAGCGCAGCGGAAGACAAACACGCGGCGGGCGCGAGAGCGAGGGGAGCCCCAAGAGGGAAGCCGGGUAGCGAGGCUUGGCAGGCGACUGUCCCUACGUCCGGGGUCGCCUCUCCCGCGGCGGACUGUGCGAGGAAGCGCGCUCCGAAAAGUUCUCGACCGCAGGAGGCGGCGUCCCUACCAGUCCCCUCCUCGCGGCGCUCCAGGAAAAGGAACUUGAUCUACUGGCAGGCUCGAGCUGCUCGCUGAACGUGAGAGCGGAUAGUGCCACCGGCCCCGGGGUGGGGAGCCGCGAGGGGGAGCCGCGAGCCAGGCUGCAGGUGGAGGGCACCGGGCAGCGGCCAGGGACCCCGAUGCCGGCGGCCAACAUGAUGGAGAACCUGCAGCUGCCCGCCCUGCAGGUGCCGGAGCCGCAGGGCGCGCCCGAGGGCAGCGCGGUGUGGUCCAGCUCGUCCACCCCCACGCUCCGCCGCCGGCGCUUUAAGAUGCGCCGGAUGAAGAAUGUGCAAGAGCAGAGCCUGGAGGCUGGGCUGGUAGCCCCAGACCUACCCGGCGUCCUGGCCCCGGGCAAGGAGUUCCUGCAGCUGCCGUCCAUUGAGAUUACGCCCUCCAGCGACGAGGACACCCCGUGGUCCAACUGCUCCACACCCAGCGCGUCCCCGCGCCGAAAGCGCUUCCUGCUCCGCAAGUGGCUGAGGGUGAGGGAGCGGAAGGAGUGCAGUGAGAGCAGCAGCCAGCAGAGCAGCCAACAGAGCAGCCACGACGAUGAUUCCAGCAGGUUCCUGAGUCCGAGAGUGCGCCAAGAAAGUACUGCCAGUAACUCCAACCGCAGCACGCCGGCCUGCUCCCCCAUCCUCCGGAAGCGGUCCCGCUCGCCAACACCACAGAACCAGGACGGAGACACCAUGGUGGAGAAAGGCUCAGACCACUCCUCGGACAAGUCCCCAUCCACCCCGGAGCAGGGUGUGCAACGCAGCUGCUCCUCACAGUCUGGUCGGAGUGGCGGUAAAAAUUCCAAGAAAAGCCAGAGUUGGUACAAUGUGUUAAGCCCCACUUACAAGCAGAGAAAUGAAGACUUCAGGAAACUCUUUAAGCAACUUCCAGACACGGAGCGCCUCAUUGUUGAUUACUCAUGUGCACUCCAAAGAGACAUUCUUCUUCAGGGCCGACUCUACCUCUCAGAAAACUGGAUCUGCUUCUACAGCAACAUCUUCCGAUGGGAAACUUUGCUGACAGUCCGUUUGAAAGAUAUCUGUUCCAUGACUAAAGAGAAAACAGCUCGCCUCAUUCCCAACGCCAUCCAAGUCUGUACCGAUUCAGAAAAGCACUUUUUUACUUCAUUUGGGGCCCGGGAUAGGACAUACAUGAUGAUGUUCCGGCUCUGGCAGAAUGCUCUCCUUGAAAAGCCACUGUGCCCCAAGGAGCUCUGGCACUUUGUCCACCAGUGCUAUGGGAAUGAGCUGGGUCUCACUAGUGAUGAUGAGGACUACGUGCCCCCGGACGAUGACUUCAACACCAUGGGCUACUGUGAAGAGAUCCCUGUAGAAGAGAAUGAAGUGAACGACAGCUCAUCCAAAAGCAGCAUAGAGACCAAGCCUGAUGCCAGCCCCCAGCUGCCCAAGAAGUCCAUCACCAACAGCACACUGACCUCUACGGGAAGCAGUGAAGCCCCUGUCUCGUUUGAUGGCUUGCCGCUGGAGGAAGAGGUGAUGGAGGGUGAUGGGUCCUUGGAGAAGGAGAUUGCCAUCGACAACAUCAUGGGAGAGAAGAUUGAGAUCAUUGCGCCCGUGACCUCCCCUUCACUGGACUUCAAUGACAAUGAGGAUAUCCCCACCGAGCUCAGUGAUUCUUCAGAUACCCACGAUGAAGGAGAGGUCCAGGCCUUCUACGAGGACCUGAGUGGAAGACAGUACGUGAACGAGGUCUUCAACUUCAGCGUGGACAAACUCUAUGACCUGUUGUUCACCAACUCACCCUUCCUUCGGGACUUCAUGGAGCAGCGGCGCUUCUCUGAUAUCAUCUUCCAUCCGUGGAAAAAGGAGGAAAAUGGAAACCAGAGCCGAGUGAUCCUCUACACCAUCACCCUUACUAACCCCCUGGCUCCCAAAACCGCCACCGUCCGGGAGACACAGACCAUGUACAAAGCGAGCCAGGAGAGUGAAUGCUACGUGAUAGAUGCUGAAGUCCUUACCCACGAUGUGCCAUACCAUGACUACUUCUACACCAUCAAUCGCUACACGCUCACCCGCGUGGCCCGGAACAAGAGUCGACUCAGGGUCUCCACAGAGCUCCGCUAUCGAAAACAGCCCUGGGGGUUUGUAAAAACUUUCAUCGAGAAGAACUUCUGGAGUGGACUGGAGGACUACUUCCGCCAUCUAGAGUCUGAGCUAACCAAAACAGAGAGUACCUACCUGGCUGAAAUGCACAGACAGUCCCCUAAAGAGAAGGCCAAUAAGUCUUCAGCAGUACGGAGGAGGAAGCGUCCCCAUGCCCACCUGCGGGUUCCUCACCUGGAAGAGGUCAUGAGCCCUGUCACCACACCCACUGAUGAAGAUGUGGGCCACAGGAUCAAGCACGUGGCAGGUUCUACGCAGACGCGGCAUAUCCCCGAGGACACUCCCAACGGUUUUCACCUACAAAGUGUGUCCAAGCUGCUGCUGGUUAUCAGCUGUGUUCUGGUGCUGCUGGUCAUCCUUAACAUGAUGCUCUUUUACAAGCUGUGGAUGCUGGAAUACACCACACAGACCCUCACUGCCUGGCAGGGUCUCAGGCUCCAGGAAAGGUUACCCCAGUCUCAGACAGAAUGGGCCCAGCUAUUAGAAUCCCAACAAAAGUACCAUGAUACCGAGCUCCAGAAGUGGAGGGAGAUCAUCAAAUCCUCAGUGAUGCUCCUUGACCAGAUGAAGGAUUCACUCAUCAACCUUCAGAAUGGCAUCAGGUCCCGAGACUACACAUCAGAAAGCGACGAGAAGAGGAACCGCUAUCAUUGACAAGGCAGGACCAGGGGUGGCUGCAAGAGGCCUGUGCAAUACAUGUACAUAGACCCUAUAAAUAUAUAUAAAUAUAUAUAUAUACAGAAUAUAAAUAUAUAUUAUAUACAGAUUUUAAAAAAAGAGAUAAUGCCUAUGUACCAGGGAGAAGGAGCGGGAACUCCCGCCCCCUGUGCCGGCCAGAGCAGCGUUUUCCCUCUACUGUGGAGGGACUGAGGAGGGCAGGGACCACCUCUCAGCACCAACCUCCCCUGAUCCUCCUCCUCCUCCUCCCAUCUUCUGUUCCUCACCCCUUCCCUUGCUGGCCAUUCUUGGCCCUCAGAAGGGAAAUGUGGCUGAGCCAAAGUUAAUGCCUGUGAAGACCCUUGGGUCUUCAAAGACGUUUCAAGAGGGCAUUGCUUAAGGUGCUUCAUUCCCUAACCCUCUUUUGAUUUGUCUCUAGAAUAAAAGAGAACCUGUUCUUCCCCCACCCAGUGCUUCCCCAGGCCUUCUCUUGGGAACAGGAAGAAUGGAGAGGGCAGGAGCCCCAUCCAAAGUCCCCCAGGAGACCAUUGGUUAGGACCACACUGAAAGCCAGGUGGCGAGGACUGUGACAGAGGCUGCGAUGGUGGGGCCUGGGCCGUGGGGCUGCAGGCUCCUGGGCUCUGGCAUCUGAAGGGAAUUCUCCUCAGCCACCCCCACACCUUCUUCUGACCCGAGUAGGGUGUGGACCCCACAAGGGCUGGGAAUUUCUCACUCUCCCACUCCCUUUCUCUCUGGUCUUCUCCCGGGCUGGAUCUGGGGGAAGUGUCACUUUUUAGUGCCUAAAGUCCUAUUGUUUCUCUGUGCCCUAAGAGCACAUUGUUUCUUAGCCAGGGUGGAGCCUUUUUGACCUUGUUUAAAAAAACAAAAAACAAAAAACAAAAACCUCUUUUCGUGGUUAUAAACCAGUCAGGUCUGUGGCUCUAAUCUUUCCCUUUGAGCUGUGAGUUUGAUGUCCAGGGUAAGUCAGGGUAUCCUAGUCCCCCCCGCCAGGCUUUAGGAGACAGAGAACAAUCUAGAAACAUGGAUUGCAGGGCUUGCCCAGAAUCCCGUAUGAGUAGUGAGCACAGUAGUCAAGCCACUCAGAGGGCUAACAGCAUCAUUUACUCUUGGUUAAGAACCAGCAUUAGCAACAGAGGCAGCCGGGUGCCACUGUGUGUGGGAAAACGUAUGAGCCACCAGAGGGAGGAUUUGGAGCAGAUGUGUAUGUUUGGUCAGAGAGAGGCCAAGGGAAACCUGGCCCCCCGAGAGCCACCUCAGUUCUAUGUUUCUCAGGUUUAGGAGUGGGGGUUCUCUGCAAGGUGUGUGUGUGUGUGUGUGUGUGUGUGUGUGUGUGUGUGUGUGUGUGUGUGUGUGUGUGCAAAUCUCUUCCUAGUGUCUGGCCCCAGUGAGUAUAAAGUCACCAAGAAAUAAGAGGAAGAUGCUACGUCAGGAACUUGAACCAGCCAGGGCCUUCUUAAUGUUAGCCCAUCAGGACUCAGGCUUUUAUAUGAUCUCAAGGGGCCCUUCUGGGCGGAUUGAUCAUCCUCCCUUACAGUAUCCACUGCUCUUCCAUCUAAUGGCUCAAGGAAUCCUGCCAGCCCCAGGCAGAGCUCAUGGAGAUCCACAGUAGUAAAGAAUUGUUGCCAGGUUGGCGCAAACGCAUCUCGAAGCUUGCCGUUUCUCCUAGGCUUCUCAAGGUGAGAGGAAGAAGGAACACCAGAUUUCCCAGAGCAUCAGUACGAAGCAGGCAAGACAGUGCUGGUUAUCUAUGCCAAACAGAACGUCACUUGCUCCUCUUAGAAUUGUCUGAGCAUUCUAAGGGCAGUGGAAGGAAGGCAUUGAUGUUGCAGUGUCCUGGAGAAAUAGGGCCUGGUAUUUCUUGAAGGGCAGAAUCAGACAGCUGGAUAUUUCCCCACAUCGUUCUCUGAUGAAGGGGAAGGCAGGCUCAGUGCUUAGCUAGCACUCUAAUGGGAAAUGCAGGGGUGAGGAAAUGGAUUUAUCUGUUCUUCUAGAGCGGCCAAGGCCCAAAGUUGUUGUUCAGGGUUUUGAGAGAUUUGCUGGUGAUGGUCAAGACCCACGAGCCCUGAGACGAAGAAGAGAGAAUGGUACCAUUUGAAAUGCUAGGCAGUUUCCCCUUGGAAUAGCCAGAAGCCAAAAGAAUUCCCAGAAACUUUUUGGAAGCAAAAUUGGAAAUUCUCAGAUCUAUCGCAUACGUAGUUAUUUACUUAAGCUGAAUUGUUAAAGUAGCUGUGGAUCCUUUCGGGUGAUUUCAAAGAGUUCAUUGGGGGUAAGGGGGCCAGGAAAGUAACAGAAGUAGCCCUGCCAGAGAGAGCUGUUUUCUUUGGCCUGCAGUAUCAUUUAGGGAGGAGAACACCUAAUUUGUCAUCGAGAGCCUCCUGCUUUCGGAUGAGCCCAGAUGCUAUGUACUCAUAAGGAAUGGCCCCUAAGCAUCACAGCUUUCUUUUGAGUUACUUUCGUGUUAGCAUUAGCUCGGGCAUUCACUUUUAAACCAGGAAGAAACUAACAACUCAGUUUAUUCCCACACAAAGUCCUCUCCCCACCCUCAAUCAAUACUUCGUGAAAGAGAAGGGAACUCACCCUUGCAACAAAAACAGGUACCCUGGCCAAUAGCCUGGUAAGUGGCUGUCCGUCUGCAGGAGGUCAUGGAAGCUGGCAUGCCUUGGGUGACUUCAUCCAGCUGGCAGGUUUUGUCUAUUUAUUUAUCGUAGAUACAUAUUGAUCUCUCUAUAUGGAUUUGUUCGUCAAUGUAGUUUCACUGGACUAAGAGUGGAGCGGCCUGGACUUGAGUUCUGACGGUGUUGUUGAAAAAUUGUGUGGCCUUGCUUGGUUAAGUCCCCGUCACUGAGCUUCAGGAUCCACUUGCAACAGGCGAGGGUCAGAAAUUACCUGUAAUGUGGGUUCUAGGUUUGAGCUUGACUCAGAGAUUAGGCCAGAGACUAGUGAGAUUUGGACUUUCCAGUUUUGGAAGAUGUUUUUCUAGGACAGAUGAGCUUUGUUCUUGGCUAGGAGGUCGAGGGGGCCCCAGUGACAGGGAUAGCCUUGCUCAGUGUUAACCCAGGAGAAUGUUCCUUCCUCCUUUGGCCUGGUUUUUGUUUGGAAUUGGUUUGUGCUUAAAGGAGGAUCGCAGCAAGAAGAGUAUCAUUUUGGACAGAGUCCAUCUUCCAUCUCCAGGCACUGUGAAUCCUUUCUACUACUGUCCACGCUGUCCAUGCUCCUUCCUCAGUGAUGGAGGACACAAUGGGAAGAAGCCAUUCCCAGUUUCUAGAACUUCUGUUUUGCUCAGCCAAAACCCUGUUGUGGUUUGGAUAAAUUAGGAAACUCUUGCUAAAAUCCUCGGCUUGCCUUAGGGCACUGGACUGGCAUCAAGGAGUGGGGAGCACCAGGGGACCUCACGAGGAAUUUGCCACAGAUGGAUUCUCUACUUGUCCAUAGCCCCUCACCUAUGCUGGGACUGGCCUGUUAUUACCACAGACAGCAUCUGUAGGAUGAGGUGUUGGGGAAACAACUGGCUAGGGGAAGACUCUCUCUGGACGAUACGUGCUCCCAGAAGGGUCCUUUCUGUGCCAUACCAUGCCACUUCGUUAGCUCUGCGGGACAGCCAAAGCCAGCCCUUCUCAGGAGGGCCUAGGAGAAAUAGCAACUCUUCUCUCCUUCCCCCAGGUGGCAGGGCUGUGGUGGCCCUUCCUACACACCUGGACUCUGCCUGCCCUCUCCAGGACUCUGUCCCUCACCCCAACCCCGUCCCUGUCUCUAAGCUAGGGGGCAAUCGUUCCUGUUUUCCCUUGGCCAUUCUCAAUCCCCGUCCCCCCACCCCACCCCACCCCCGCCCCCACUCCAGCAGGCUGACCCCACUCCUUUCCAUCUCCAAGUCUUCUUCCAGAAGAUGCAUUUGGGUCUCAGAGGAGUGUUUUCUGGAAGGCCAUCUUUCAACAUCCCUGCAUUCCUGAUAUGAAUCAGGAAUUGGUACUUGGUGUAGAGAGCUAGCUCCCUCUCCCACCUCUCUGCCCAGCCUCGUUACCUCACUCCUGCUCCAGCCAUUGUGAUGGGCUCAGCCAGCUCCCUGUUCUGAUGUGCCCUGCAACAGCUCAGGGGUCUUGUGACUUGGAGGUCCUCAGCAGGCCUGGGAGCCCGGAUUGGAGCCUUGGCUGCCGGUGAGAAGCAUUUACCUGCCAAGAUUUGCUGAUGCCAGACGAUCUCCCCAGCAUGUGAAUGCUUAAUGGACAUUGUCAUCUCUGCCCUUUGGUCCUCCUUGCUUCUCUCAAUACAAUAAGACACCUCAGAAGCAAAAUGGCGGCCCUUGCUCCAGGCAGGACAUCAGGCUGUCUGGGGAGUUGGCCCUGGGCUUCUGUGUUGUGUGCAAAGACUGCACAGUACAACAGUCACUUUUGCCAACAAGAAUGUGUGGCACCCCACGUCCCCUUACCUUGCACUCUAGGGCCAGACCACUCUCUGCAUGGACCAGACCAUCUUCCCAAACCCAUGGUGCUUUUUUUUCCCCCCCUCACUCAACCUACACUCUGAGGUGGGGAGGGAUGGAUCAGAGGCCAUAGUGGCCCCAUGGAUAAUCCUGACACAUGGGGUGGAGCAGGGUGAGGCAGAGGGCGCAGCACCCAACACCUGCACUGGGCCACAAGCGGGAAAGAACGCAGGUUGGUUGCAGUCGAGUUGUCUGGCCGUCUGUAUUCGGAUCUACAACUGUACUUUGCCUGGCGCUGUGCGCAAGGUCUGAAAACUUACUGCUAGUCCCUAGACACAUACAAGGCUACCCAGCCAAAUCUUAAUGUAAAGUACUAGAGCCAUGGAAGUCCAGUAGGAAUUAAAGGAAAAAAAAAAAGUAUUGAAGUACAAAUAACAAA